UCUGUCUUUCAUCUUCCGCUGAGUCUCCCUGGAAAAAACGACUCCUCAAGUUCUCCUUAUCAGCCCCCUAAUAUCCUAUUUCUCGCACUCUCUCUGACUCUGACUCUACCCCCAUUGGACAGCCUUAGUUUCAUUGUUGGACCCUUCCCUUCCGAUUACCAUUUGCCACAUCGAUUCGACUUCGCUAUGACACCUGGGCUUUUCUCUUUCCGCAACUUCUCGCAGUCGAUUUUCCCCUGCUUUCACCAAGAACUCUUACGAUGCCUCUCCUUGGACAACAUACAGUUUACGGCCACUCGAUUUCCCCAUAAUCAAUGUCAAUUUUGCGUUCAUAGGUGUUGCUGUAAACUCCGCCGCUGCAAUUGCUCAGAGAUUGCGACCGCUGCAGUUUCCAACCUUCCGCCAACACGCCAUCAUGCAUCAGCCAUGAGAAACUUCUUCACUCCGAGUGUAGUUGUGAUGCUUUCAAUUCCGUCGAUGCUGGGGAUGCACAAUAUGCUAUUCAAAGUUCACCGUCUUCAUUUCUUCAUUCCUACAUGGUGGACAGGACAAUAUUAUCAUCACAUCCAGGCUUUUAUCAAUGAUUUCUCAUAAUGUCCGUGAGCCCUUCCUCUACCAAAUCCAGGGAAAAAUCAUGAACGAUUACCCAUACUGUAUUGAUUUUCUGGUCACUAAGUUGUUUGCCUUUGCUAAAUUCUGUAUUCGGCCUCAAUGAUGAAUCUUGCUCUUCCUUCGCC